CGGCCCCGGCGCGCGGGGCCGGAGGCGCAGGGGGGGCGGAGGGCAGGGGGACGGCCAGGCCCCGGCCCGCUGGAGUCCGCCCCUCCCGGCCCGCGGGCCCAGCCCCUUGUCCCAGGCGCCCGGGGCCGUGCCCCGCCGCUGCCGCCGCCGCCACCGCCGCCGCCGCCGCAGAACGAGACUGCUUUCUGCUCAGCCAUGACGGCGUGUCUGUGCCUCAGUCCACCCUCCGCGCAGCGGUGGCGGCGGUGACCCUGGCCAAAACUGACUUGGAGAAUAGCCACCGAGGGUUGAUGGCUGGCAUGUCUCGGCGACCUCCCAGCAUGUACUGGUGUGUGGGUCCAGAGGGCUCAGCUGUGUGUCCAGAACGUGCCAUGGAGACCCAUAAUGGUGCUGGGGACAUGGGCAGCAAACCGUCCACACCAGGCAGUGACCCCACAGCGCGGUGCCCGGGGACGGAGGGCAUUCACGCUGCAUACAAGCAAGGAGACCCCAGCAGGGCCCGGCACUUGCUCCGGGAGGCUUGUGAUGACAGCACAUCCCAGCUGGAGAAGGGCCGGCUUCUGAGCAUCUCAGCGGCCUAUGGGGAUCUGGAGACCGUCCGAUACCUUCUCACCGAGAGACGGGUGGAGCUGCCCACGGAGCCCACUGAUGACAACCCAGCUGUGGUGGCAGCGCAUUUUGGGCACACUGACGUCGUGCAGGAAUUGCUUGAAUCUUUGCCAGGUCCCUGCAGCCCCCAGAGGCUGCUGAACUGGAUGCUGGCCUUGGCUUGCCAACGAGGGCAUCUGGGAGUGGUGAAGCUCCUGGUCCUGACACAUGGGGCCGACCCGGAAAGCUACGCAGUCAGGAAGAACGAGUUUCCUGUCAUUGUGCGCUUGCCUCUCUAUGCGGCCAUCAAGUCAGGAAAUGAAGACAUCGCCAUAUUCCUGCUUCGGCAUGGGGCCUUCUUCUGUUCCUACAUCUUAUUGGACAGUCCUGACCCCAGCAAACAUCUCCUCAGGAAGUACUUCAUUGAGGCUAGCACCUUGUCCAGCAACUGUCCGGGAAAAAUGGCGCUGCGUGUGAAAUGGUCCCAUCUCAAGUUGCCCUGGGUGGAUCUAGACUGGCUCAUAGACAUCUCCUGCCAGAUCACAGAGCUGGACCUUUCUGCCAAUUGCCUGUCUUCCCUCCCCUCCGUCAUCCCCUGGGGACUCAUCAACCUCCGGAAGCUGAACCUCUCCAACAACCACCUGGGGGAGCUGCCUGGCGUGCAGUCAUCGGAUGAAAUCAUCUGUUCCAGGCUCCUGGAAAUUGACAUCUCCAGCAAUAAAUUGCCCCAUCUCCCACCAGGAUUCUUGCACCUCUUAAAACUCCAAAAAUUGACAGCUUCAAAAAACUACUUGGAAAAGUUGUUUGAAGAAGAAAGUGCCACUAACUGGAUCGGUUUGCGGAAGCUGCAGGAACUCGACAUCUCUAACAAUAAAUUGACGGAACUCCCUGCCGUUUUCCUUCAUUCUUUCAAGUCACUCAGUUAUCUGAAUGUCUCCAGAAAUAACCUGAAGGUGUUUCCAGAUGCCUGGGCCUGCCCUUUGAAAUGUUGUAGAGCAUCCAAAAAUGCCCUGGAAUCUCUACCAGACAAAAUGGCUGUCUUUUGGAAAAACCACCUCAGGGAUGUGGAUUUCUCAGAAAACGCUCUCAAAGAAGUCCCCCUGGGGCUUUUCCAGCUCGAUGCCCUCAUGUUCCUGAGGUUACAGGGCAACCAGCUCAUGGUGCUGCCACCUCAAGAUAAGUGGACCUGUAGACAACUUAAAACCCUGGAUCUCUCCAAAAACCAAUUUGGCAAAAAUGAAGACGGACUUAAAACAAAGCGUAUUUCCUUUUUCACCACCAGAGGGCGCCAGCGUUCUGGGACGGAGACAGCCGGUGUGCUGGAAUUUCCGGCCUUCCUAAGUGAGUCUUUGGAAGUCCUUUGUCUGAACGACAAUCAUCUGGAUGCAGUCCCUCCCUCGGUUUGCCUACUGAAGAGCUUAUCAGAACUCUACUUGGGAAACAAUCCUGGCCUCCGAGAGCUCCCUCCUGAGCUGGGGCAGCUGGGCAACCUUUGGCAGUUGGACAUUGAAGACCUGAACAUCAGCAACGUGCCCACGGAGAUCAGAAAGGAAGGCCCCAAAGCGAUGUUGUCUUACCUGCGCGCUCAGCUGCGGAAAGCAGAGAAGUGCAAGCUGAUGAAAAUGAUCAUCGUGGGUCCUCCGCGCCAGGGCAAGUCCACCCUCCUGGAGAUCUUACAGACGGGGAGGGCCCCCCAGGUGGUGCACAGCGAGGCCACCAUCAGGACCACCAAGUGGGAGCUCCAGAGGCCAGCUGGCUCGAGAGCCAAGGUUGAGUCCGUGGAAUUCACCGUCUGGGACAUCGGUGGCCCCGCCAGCAUGGCCACUGUCAAUCAGUGCUUCUUCACAGACAAGGCCCUGUAUGUGGUGGUCUGGAACCUGGCGCUGGGGGAGGAGGCCGUGGCCAACCUCCAGUUCUGGCUGCUCAACAUCGAGGCCAAGGCCCCCAACGCUGUGGUGCUGGUGGUAGGAACACACCUGGACUUAAUCGAAACCAAAUUCCGAGUGGAGAGAAUCGCAACCCUGCGCGCCUACGUGCUGGCGUUGUGCCGCUCGCCCUCCGGGUCCAGGGCCACGGGCUUCCCGGACAUCACCUUCAAACACUUACACGAGCUCUCCUGCAAGAGUCUGGAAGGCCAGGAAGGGCUACGGCAGCUGAUCUUCCACGUCACGUGCAACAUGAAGGAUGUGGGCAGCACCAUAGGCUGCCAGAGACUCGCGGGGAGGCUGAUCCCUAGGAGCUACCUGAGCCUCCAGGAGGCAGUGCUGGCCGAGCAGCAGCGCCGAAGCCUGAGCGACGACGUGCAGUACCUGACGGACAGGCAGCUGGAGCAGCUGGUGGAGCAAACACCAGACAACGACAUCAAAGACUAUGAGGACCUGCAGUCCGCCAUCAGCUUCCUCAUAGAGACUGGCACCCUGCUUCACUUCCCGGACACCAGCCACGGCCUGAGGAACCUCUACUUCCUCGACCCCAUUUGGCUGUCCGAAUGUCUGCAGAGGAUCUUCAACAUCAAGGGCUCCCGCUCCGUGGCCAAGAACGGGGUGAUCCGGGCCGAGGACCUCAGGAUGCUGCUGGUGGGGACCGGCUUCACACAGCAGACAGAGGAGCAGUACUUCCAGUUCCUGGCCAAGUUCGAGAUCGCCCUGCCGGUGGCCAACGACAGCUAUCUUCUGCCACACCUCCUUCCGUCCAAACCCGGCCUGGACACUCACGGCAUGCGACACCCCAAGGCCAAUACCAUUCAGAGAGUGUUUAAGAUGAGCUUCGUUCCUGUUGGCUUCUGGCAAAGGUUUAUAGCACGGAUGCUGAUCAGCCUGGCGGAGAUGGACCUCCAGCUUUUUGAAAACAAGAAGAAUACUAAAAGCAGACACAGGAAAGUCACCAUUUAUAGUUUUACAGGAAACCAGAGAAAUCGCUGCAGUACGUUCAGAGUGAAAAGAAAUCAGACCAUCUAUUGGCAGGAAGGGCUCCUGGUCACCUUUGAUGGGGGCUACCUCAGUGUGGAAUCCUCGGACGUGAACUGGAAAAAGAAGAAAAGUGGAGGAAUAAAAAUCAUUUGCCAGUCAGAAAUGAGGGACUUCUCUGCAAUGGCUUUUAUCACAGACCAUGUCAAUUCCUUGAUCGAUCAGUGGUUUCCUGCCCUGACAGCCACAGAAAGCGACGGGACCCCACUCAUGGAGCAGUACGUCCCCUGCCCAGUCUGCGAGACCUCCUGGGCCCAGCACACCGACCCGAGUGAGAAAUCGGAGGGCGUACAGUACUUCGACAUGGAAGACUGCGUGCUGACAGCCAUUGAGCAGGACUUCAUCUCCUGCCCCAGACACCCUGACCUCCCCGUGCCUCUCCAGGAGCUGGUUCCUGAGCUGUUCAUGACUGACUUCCCGGCCAGGCUCUUCCUGGAGAACAGCAAGUUGGAGCACAGCGAGGAUGAGAGCAGUGUCCUGGGUCAAGGUGGGAGCGGCACCAUCAUCUACAGGGCCCGGUACCAAGGCCAGCCCGUGGCAGUGAAGCGAUUCCAGAUCAAGAAAUUCAAGAACUUUGCCAACGCCCCAGCAGACACCAUGCUGAGGCACCUGCGGGCCACAGACGCCAUGAAGAACUUCUCGGAGUUCCGGCAAGAGGCCAGCAUGCUACACGCCCUGCAGCACCCCUGCAUUGUGUCCCUCAUCGGCAUCAGCAUCCACCCGCUCUGCUUCGCCCUGGAGCUCGCCCCACUGGGUAGCCUCAACACCGUGCUGUCAGAGAAUGCCAGAGAUUCUUCCUUUAUGCCCCUGGGACACAUGCUCACCCAAAAAAUAGCCUACCAGAUUGCCUCUGGCCUGGCCUACCUGCACAAGAAAAACAUCAUCUUCUGUGACCUGAAGUCGGACAACAUUCUGGUCUGGUCUCUGGACGUCAAGGAGCACAUCAACAUCAAGCUGUCGGACUAUGGGAUCUCACGGCAGUCAUUUCAUGAGGGUGCCCUCGGCGUGGAGGGCACGCCCGGCUACCAGGCCCCAGAGAUCCGUCCUCGCAUUGUGUAUGAUGAGAAGGUAGACAUGUUCUCCUAUGGAAUGGUGCUCUACGAGUUGCUGUCGGGGCAGCGGCCAGCGCUGGGCCACCACCAGCUUCAGAUCGCCAAGAAGCUGUCCAAGGGCAUCCGUCCUGUUCUGGGGCAGCCCGAGGAGGUGCAGUUCCAUCGCCUGCAGGCACUCAUGAUGGAGUGCUGGGACACAAAGCCCGAGAAGCGCCCACUGGCCCUGUCGGUGGUGAGCCAGAUGAAGGACCCAACCUUUGCAACGUUCAUGUACCAGCUACCCUGUGGGAAGCAGACGGCCUUCUUCUCAUCCCAGGGCCAGGAGUACAUGGUGGUGUUCUGGGAUGGGAAAGAGGAGUCCAGGAACUACACGGUGGUGAACACGGAGAAGGGCCUCAUGGAGGUGCAGCGGAUGAGCUGUGCGGGAAUGACACUAAGCUGCCAGCUCAAGGUCCAGAACUCUCUGUGGACGGCCACUGAGGACCAGAAGAUCUACAUCUAUAGCCUCAAGGGCAUGUGCCCCUUAAACACACCCCAACGGGCUUUGGACACCCCGGCUGUCGUCACCUGCUUAUUGGCAGUGCCUGUUAUUAAAAAGAAUUCCUACCUGGUGUUGGCAGGCCUGGCCGACGGGCUUGUGGCAGUGUUUCCCGUGGUGCGGGGUGCCCCGGACGACAGCUGCUCCUACCUGUGCUCACACACAGCCAACAGGUCCAAGUUUAGCAUCCCAGAUGAAGACACACGGCAGAACCCCUACCCCGUGAAGGCCAUGGAGGUGGUCAACAGCGGCUCCGAGGUCUGGUACAGCAAUGGGCCCGGCCUGCUGGUCAUCGACUGUGUGGCCCUGGAGAUCAGCAGGAGGCUGGAGCCCUACUCGGCCCCUUCGGUGGUCACCUCGAUCGUGGGCAGCUCCGAGUGCAGGGGGGAGGAGGUCGUCUGGUGCCUGGAUGACAGGGCCAACUCCUUGGUGAUGUACCACGCAGCUUCCUACCAGCUGUGCGCCCGGUACUUCUGCGGGGACCCCAGCCCGCUCAGAGACAUGUUUCCUGUGUGCCCGUUGGGUCCAGAGCCCUGCGGCGGCCACACAGCCAGCCCCAAAGAUCCCAAGGGGGACUCCAUCGCGGACGUGAGCAUCAUGUACAGCGAGGAGCUGGGCACGCAGAUCCUGACCCACCAGGACUCGCUGACUGACUACUGCUCCACGUCCUCCUCCUCAUCCUCCCCCCACCGGGCCCCCAGGUCGUCCUCAAGCCUGCCCUGCUCCCCGGCAAGCUCUGCCAGCGUGCCUUUUGCCGCCAACUAUGAGGACUCCGACAGGCUGCACGAGCCCACCGCAGGCUCCGACAGGUCUGAGCACGACCUGACCCCCGUGGACGGGGAGGCUUUCAGCCAGCACCUGCAGGCCGUGAGGAUCCUAGCCGUGAAAGACGUCAUCUGGGUCCCCAGGCGCGGCGGCGAUGUUAUCGUCAUCGGCCUGGAGAAGGACGCCGGAGGCCAGCGGGGCCGUGUCAUCGCUGUCUUAAAAGCCCGCGAGCUGACUCCGCGUGGGGCGCUUGUGGAUGCGGCCGUGGUGGCAAAGGACACGGUUGUGUGUGGCUUUGAGAACGAAAACAUGGAAUGGUGCCUGGCUGUCUGGAGGGGCUGGGGCACCAGGGAGUUUGAUGUUUUCUACCACUCCUACGAAGAGCUGGGCCGGCUGGAGGCUUGCAUGCGGAAGAGAAGGUAAUUCCUAUGGAAUGACAGUUGUGCAGAGUGGCCGCCCCAGGCCCACACCCUGACCCCUCUGCCUGCAGCCCGCAGCCUCCUGAGGACCCAGAAGAUGGACUGGGUUCUCCCAUGAACCACUUGCUGCUAGAAAUGCUGAGAAGUUAACCACCCUGGCGGUGGUUUUGGGGUUCUCCGGUUCUCCAGGGCGGAGUUAGCUGCCUACCUCCAUUCUCCCACUGCGGAGAGAAGAUGGGUGGGAGAAACUCUCCCUGCCUCCUGCAUCCACUUCCAAAGAGCAGGGGAGGGGGAUCCUGCUCUGUGCUGGGUCACACAAAGUAGGGGUGUGGGCUGGGCCUUUACAGAGCAGGCCUGCCCGUUUUCCUCCCCACGGCUGGGACAGAAUUACACUAGAGGCUCUCAGUUAGGGGAGCAGUUCGGGGCAGGGUGGGAGGAGGGCGAUGACCCUUGCCCCUUCCCCCCAGUGGCCUCCAGGCUCUCAGGACAUUUCACAAGCCUCUGGGUCCCCGGGGCCUGGGGCCCCGCUUGGGCAAGCAGAGAUCAGGUAUCUCCCGCUCAGGAAAGUCUCUGUGUGAGAAACCCUUGGGGGAAUGAAUGAGUUCCUUCAAGUGACACAGCCAGAAAGCCCAGAGCUAGUCCAGCGCCCAGAGCACUGCCUCAGCCUUUACAUUCUUCUUCUGCCGACAAAAGGCAGGGGAAACUCAAUCAGCAGGACUUGAGAAAGGGCCGUGUGUUUAUAGCUUUGUAAAAUACACUUGGACGCAGCUGGAACGCAAACCCUGUUUGUUUGCACAUAAUAAUCUUGCUUAUCACUUUAACAAAUUAAGUAAUAGCUCAGUGGUUGGGCCUCAGUUGUGAAGUCACAUUGUAUGGGGCUUCUACCAAAUGAUGUAUUUGCUAAACAUUUACUACACACGUGUACAGCAGAGUAGAAAAAGUGAAAUUGUUAAUGGGGGAUGUAUGGGUGUGAUGGCAAGAAUUUUUACAAAUGAUGCACACACACGCACACACAUGCACACGCACACGUACCGCGUGGUUACCCAGAGUAACCGUUUGAGGCUGCUUCACCCGGGAUGGCAGGAUGACCGUGAGGUCAUACUCCAGUUCAAGUUGUUAAUCUUUUUCUAAAAUUAAGUUAUGAAAACCAAGCUUAAGAUUUGCUGGGGUAUGCAGGCAAAUGUGGUUCCUUUUAUCUGAAAAUAAACAGACCCUCUUGAGAAC